AUGAUCAACGAGGGCUAUGGCGGCUAUGGUGUGGGGUUGCACGAGAAUCAUGGAGACAUGGAUGGCCAAGCUGCUUCAGUUUCCAAAGAUGAAGACAGCAGGCCCACACACGAUAGUGAGGCUACAAGCAAAGAUAGCGAGUUGUCAAAUACAGACGAGUCUGAGUCCGCAAGUGAAGAUACUGAUUCGGAUGUGUCUUGCAAGGUUGAAGACAUUGAAGAUGUGCCCACUGUGAGCCUGCAACAUCUACGACAAGCAGAUCCGACAGCUGUAGAGGUCACAGCCAGUGCUUUGAAGCAUCACGGCUUUGCAUGGCUGGACGUUGGAAGCGACAGAUCGAUGGAAACUCCUCACGGAUCAACAGGCGCUGUGGGACUUUCCAACUCAAGUGCUUUGCUUGCCGAACUCGAAGACUUUUUGACCAAGAACGAGCGCCAGGGCAGUCCACAUGCCAUGCAGGGGCACUUCAGUGCAGCACACAAGGAUGGGCUUCGCAUCGUGACCGGCUCGUAUGCCGAGAAUGACUUGCAGUUGCCCAAGACUGUUCAAGAGAAGUUGACAUGCUUGGCCUUGGAGCUGGAUGAAGCACAGAAGGAUGUGAUCCAAGCACUGGCACAUACUUUGCAGUAUCGCAGCGCUCAAGAUCUUGGGGAGCGUUUAGAUAUCCCUUUGCUAUGCCCUGAGCAGGGUCGUUUGCGCCCUUAUGGCCUUUUGGAUGUCGUCCGGUACCACGCGAAUGGUCCGGAAGUGGUGGUAGCUCCUCAUGUAGAUCCGGGCCUGCUGAUCUUAAGCUUGCCAUGUGCUGUUCCUGGCUUAGAGCUGAAGGAUGCCUCUGGAUCAUGGCGUGCCGUUCCACCUGGCCUUGGUGUGCUGUGGGCUGGACAGGCUGCAGCUGGGUGGAGAGGUGGCCUACAUCGUGUGAAGGCUUCGCCGGCUCCACGCUUCAGCGCUUGGCAUGAACUGUGCAGCCGUUCGCAGUUGUGCCCUCCCAUGCUUCAAUUCCUGGAGGAGAAUGCUUUGGAACUGAAGUUGGGAGACACGCGGGGGACUCCAGCAGUCUUGGCUUUGUUGCAAGAACAUGAAGAUCAUCUCAAUGUGAACAUGCUGCAGCGUCGUGGGGUGCCGGUGGGAAAAGCUCCUUUAGCCUUGCGCCGAGCACGCCAGUUGUCGUGGCAGCGGUUUCGGCCUGACCAGCCUCCACGGGUUUGGAGGUUGGUUUCCGGGGUCCGGGGCCGCUCCGUUGGCGUUCCGCACGUCCACAGCGACGGAGGCAUUCAUCUCAUCCAGUGCCCCACCAACCAACCUUGGCGCAGCUACAGGGACUCUGAAGGCGAGGUGGAAGAUGAUAACUUCUUCACCCAGGAGCUUCGGACACCGGUGCAGUACGCUGCGCAGUCCACAGAAGUGGCCUUGGCACCGGCCUUGUCCGUGAUGGCGAGGGCAGUGUUGUGCAUCUCGUGGGUCGUGUUCAGCUGCGCGGCGCAGCCCAGCAGCGGCAUCGAAGUCUACACGGGCCAGGGCUGGCUUUCGGCGGCGAUGGCCGAGGGUGCGCAGAGGGCGGCGGAACGACCCGCAAGAGAGCUUUGCCAAGUGGAGAGGCCCUCGGGGCCGCCGUUGCUGUUCACCUUUGAGGGCCAGAUGAAAUCGAGCCUUGGCGUCGACCACGGAGCGAUGAUCGAAGACCUGAUGUCGCGCGUCCUGCCUCUGCCCAGCUUUUGGCUGCCCACCAUGCCCAUCUCCAGUCUCACCACGCGCCUGCAGCGCGCCUACCGAAGGGCGACGAUGCAGACGUCCGCGGACGUCCCUGACGACGCGGCCGACGCGGCGAUGGAUCCGCGCAGUGCGUUGGUGGCGCUGCAUGGCUCUGCGUAUCCCAGCCAGCUCUGUCCCCGGAGCUGCCGGCGAGCAGAGGAAUGCUUUCGUUGCCCUGAGCCCACCAAGAACCAGAGCGCUCUGCGAAAGAUCUGCGAAGACUUCUUAGUCGACAGGCGCUUAGAGUUGGCCAUCGUGGAUACUGGGGGACCUGGAUUGGAGGAAUGGUUCGUGCUGGAAGCCUAUUGCCGACGCCUGGUCGAACACGAGAUGGAGAUGGCAUGGCCCGCAUUGGGGCCCACGGAGCGUCUUCGUGGUGAAUACCGCCUUCGCGCUGCACGAGGGUUGGAUCCUCGAACGUCUGCGGCGUUCGCGCGGCGCGCGGUGGCACGAGGUGCGGGCUCGAACGUGGCUGAGGACCUCUCAAGCGACCUGCACAUCCAACUCCGGUGCCGUAUGUCGCGGCGACGAUGGGACCCGGACCGAAGCGCACGGUGCGGGGUCAAGCGUCGGUGGGAGUGGCGCAAGCGCAAGGCAGUGCCCAAGGACAAGUAUGGGCCAAACAUCUUCGAUUUGCCGAAGCCUACCUUCAUCCAGCUCUACCAGAAGCAGCUCAUCUCACCUUUGGUGAUUUUUCAGCUCUUCUCUUCUGCCCUUUGGGUCAUGGAUACCAUGUGGAGAUAUACCUGCUUCACCCUGGGCAGCAUUUUGCUCUUCGAAGCCUCCACCGUCUUCCAGCGCCUCAAGUCUAUGGCCACCUUACGGGGCAUGAGCACGAAAAGCUUCAAUGCGUGGAGCCCCAGCCUUCGCCAGGUCUACGUCUUUCGCUGUGGCACCUGGGAGGAUCGGCCCAUCGAAGAUCUUUUGCCAGGGGAUUUGAUCUCCCUCCACACCAAGUUGGUGAAUCUAAGGGCGGAUGAGCAUCAGCCUGAGACAGAGGGAGAGAAGCCACCUGAGAAGAAGGAUCGGCAGAUGAUUUUCGACACCUUGGUGCCCUGCGAUUGUCUCAUCAUCAACGGAAGCGCCAUUGUAAAUGAGGCGACCCUGACAGGUGAGUCAGUGCCGCAGAUGAAAGAUGCCAUGGGCCAUGGCACUGACCCGGACUUGGUGGUGGAUUGCUUUGGAACCCACAGGAUCCAUGCGCUCUUCAGUGGCACAUCCUUGAUCCAGACCACUGCUCCCGAACGCGUGCGGAAGAGCAAGAGCGACCACUCGGAUCCCACUUGUCCGCCGGACGAGGGCAUCCUUUGCUUCGUGCUGCGGACUGGCUUCAACUCUUCUCAGGGCGAACUCAUGCGGAUGAUCGAGUUCUCCACCGAAAGUGUGGGUGCUGAUGUGGUCGAGACGGCCUUACAGUUGGCCUUCCUCUUAGUCUUCGCUUUAGUGGCGGCCGGUUACGUCAUGAAGAGCCUGAGCUGUGAGCUGAAGGCGUCGGAGGACCCCACGCGGCCGACCUACAAGACCCUCAUCCGUUGCACUCAGCGCCUUGGUCUGGCGCUCCGACCUGCGACCGACGCGACCGCUGCGGGGCGGAAGCCUGGUGCGGAGAGUGCGGUGCGGAGAGUGCCAGGGAUUAUUACUUCCGUGGUGCCGCCCUCCUUGCCCAUGCAGAUGGCCUUCGCCGUGAAUACCGCGCUGAUGAGCCUGCUGAAGCCGGGGGGUGGCAUCUAUUGCACCGAGCCAUUUCGCGUGCCCUACGCUGGACGUGUGUCGCAUUGCUUCUUCGACAAGACUGGCACUUUGACUUCAGAUCAAAUGGUGGCCGUGGGCAUCAUCAAUGCAGGCAGCGACGAAGCACAACACGACCCCGGACAGGUGAAAGAUGCCAAUCCGAUGGCCUGUGUGGUCAUUGCUGGCUGCCAUUCCCUGAUCGAGGUGGAGAACAAGCUCCUGGGAGAUCCCAUCGAAGUUGCGGCCCUGCGAAGUAUCUCUUGGAGCUACCAGCCCAGUAGCAGCACCGCUUCUCCAACCAAUUGGAGGGCGAAGGAGAUCACCAUUGCUCGGCAAAAGACCUACAUGGCUGGAUUGAAAGAUGAUAUUGAGUCAGACAAGAAGGAGAAGGAAGAGGUCACGAAGAAGCUUCAAGAGCUUGAGAAGAGCUGCUGGACUGCGCUUGGAAUUCACUUGUUUCGGUUGGCGACUGAAGCGACCGCAGGUUAUCAUUUCUCUUCUGACUUGCAGAGGAUGAGCACGAUUUGCAAAGUCGCUUCUUCAACUGAGAAGUGCCAAAGCGGUGUCUAUAGCUUGGUCAAAGGCUCCCCCGAGGCGAUCGCCAAGCUCUUGGUGCAGAAACCGUCUUGGUACGAGAGCUCCUACAAGUCCAUGGCGGAGCAGGGCCAGCGAGUGUUGGCCUUGGGCUAUGCACGUUUAGUGGAUGCCACCGACCUGGCGAACAAGCCGAGGGAGGAGGUGGAGAAGUCCUUGACCUUUGCGGGAUUCAUUGCCUUCAAGUGUGAGACGCGGAAGGAUAGCAUGUUGGUGAUCCGUUCCCUACAGGACUCCAGCCACACUUGCGUGAUGCUCACGGGCGAUGCUCCCCUGACCGCUCUCAGCGUGGCGGUGGAGGUGGGCAUCGCGACCUUUGAUCCACAGAAGGCCCUGGUGCUGGCGGAGUGUGGCGAGUCUGUGGAGUGGAGCUUAGUGUUGCGGGGACAGUCCAAGGACUGGGAGUGGCGACCCGCCAUCACUUCGGCCAACAGCAAGGCAGAGCCCGUGAAGUUCGAGGCAUCAGGGAUCCAGAAGCUCAGUGAGAGCUGCGAUUUGAUCAUCACCGGCGCGCCCCUGGAGCGUGCCUGGCAGAUGGAGGACAGUGCAGUGAUGCAGGCACAGCUCAGUAGCGUGAAGAUCUUUGCGCGGCUGUCGCCCUUCCAAAAGGAGCAGAUCAUCCAGGCAGUGAGGAGGAGCGAAAAGAGCUACUCCUUUAUGUGCGGGGAUGGUGGCAACGAUGUGGGCGCCCUAAAGGAGGCUGGCCGUUUGAAGGCGGAUGUGGGCUUAGCCUUGCUGAGCGGCUUCGGCAAUGCCAACGUGGACGCGAAGGGCGAGGAGGGGGACAAGAAGGAGGCCACAGACGGGAAGGCGGAAGACGCGCUGGAAGCGGUUCGAAAAGAGAACCAGCAGAAGGCGCAGGAGAUCAUGCAGAAGUCGAAGGUGGAGAUGGAACGGAAGCGAAAGGAUUUGGUCUCCAAGCAGCAGGAAUGGAUCCAGGACGGCCACGUCGUGAGUUCCGCGUUUCCGCUGCGUCGCGGCGCCGCGGCCUCGGUGCGCUCGGACGCUGCGAGGGAGGAGUUGGAAGCGCGCAAGGCGCGCGGCGAGGACGUGGGCGUCAUGGCGCAGUUCGGUGCCAUGAAGGCCGUGAUGGGCCGACUGCAGACGGAGAUGAAGAAGGAGCAGGAGAUGCAGCAGAAGAAGCAUGGCAACGCCUUUGCUGCUGGAGCAGCCAAAUGGGCUGAAGGACUGGAUUCCAUGGAGGACACGCCCAUGGUGCAGCUUGGGGACGCCAGCACCGCGGCGCCCUUUACCACGCGCACGCCCUCCAUCAGCUCCGUCGUUGACAUCAUCCGCCAGGGCCGCUGUACCUUGCUGUCGGCAGUGCAGCAGAUGCAGAUGAUGAUGCUGGAGUCCAUGAUUGCAGCCUACACCAUGUCCACCAUGUCCGUGGAUGGUACUCGACCCUCAGAGCCGCAGAUGAUGGCCAGCGGUGUCUUCGUGGGAAUCGCCUCCUUGGCCUUCUCCUUCGCCAGGCCGCUCGACCGGAUGCAUCCGGUGCGGCCGCUCUCCUCGGUGUUUCAUCCGGCCAACCUCUUCAGUAUGCUGGGGCAGCUGGCGAUUCACCUCUUCUGCAUGGUGUACAUUGCCAACCUAGCAAAGGAAGUGAUGGGUGAAGAGGCCGUGCGAGACAUCAUCGAGUUCGAAAAGGAGCGGAACAAGAGGAAUGAGGCAAUGACGGAGGAAGAGAUGAGCGAAUGGAACUGGUUUAGCUCGGUGCCCUUCAAGAGCAAUCUCCUGAACACCUGCUGCUGGUUGGUCGAAACGGCGCAGCAGGUCUCAGUGAUCUUUGUGAACUACAAGGGACGACCCUGGAUGAAAGGCCUCCUGGAAAACCAGCCGCUUUUCCUCUCCCUCUUCGUGUGCAUCGGCAUGGUCGCUGUUUGCGCGUGGGGCGUGAUACCCUUCUUGAACUCGACUCUGAACCUCGAGGUCGUCCCCGAGGAGCUACGGAUGAAGGCCGGGAGCUACGGAGUGGUGGAGGACGGUCAACUGGAGACAUGUCCAGCCCCCCUCGGAUUGAAGAGCCUUGAAACAUCGUUAAAAUCACCCAAAAGGGAUCCAGUCGUAUCGAUUGGAGACACUGUGUAG